AUGGCUCGCAGGGACAGCAAACUACACGUUUUGGAUAAGAAGAGCGCACAGAGUUUGACACCUGGAAUGCCGCAAAGAGUCAGCCAGGCGGUGAUCAUCGUCCCUACAGUGCUCCUCCUGGGAACCCUGAUCACCUUACUGGCCCUGUGCUUACUGAAGUACUAUGGACCCAAACAUAACCAGACACAGAUCAAAGCCCCUAAACCCUACCACAGCUCAUCGAACGGACCCAAUCAGAGGCACAGCCACAGACAUCACCUACAGGGCGUUGAUGCUCCCGUAGGGAUAAACCCACUGGAACAUGAAGAGUUCCCAAUGUCAGUUCAACAAGUGCAGCAGAUUGUCAGGCCAACUCUGGCUGCAGUACCUCAGAUGUCCACAGAGAGGCAUCAUGGAGCCUUUAACCAGGUCACUGCCCUGCCAGUGUCCUUCUCCAUCAGGCAUAAUGAUACAGUCAGCCUAUACAGAGCCAGCAUGGACAACAGAGAGGUCAUCCUGAGGGUUCUGAAAGAAAAAGCAAACAGCAGUGAGAAGCAGCACUUUUUGGGUUUUGCUUCCUUCGUGUCAGGACUGGGGCGGCACCCCUCCCUACCUGAGCUGCUGGGUGUGGUUUCAGUGCAGCCGCCCCUCAUGAUGGUCGUCGAGGAGCUGCAGCACAGGGAUCUGCUGGGGUACCUGUGGAGAUGUCGACAGGAUAACUCGGGUUUAGAGUCUUCAUGUGAAAUGACAGAGAAGAGGAUCUUCACCAUGGCAGGACAAGUGGCCUCUGCUCUGGAGUACCUACACAGUCAGAACUGCAUCCAUGGCAACGUGGGAGCACAUAGCGUUCUGGUUGGUGGAGAUCUGACAGCGAAGCUGUGGGGAUUGGGCCCAGCCUACCGCAGGAGAACACAGGCCGUUACACCGGGGCAGGACAUGGAGAUGAGGAAGUGGCAGGCCCCAGAAGUGCUAGGCAGAAGAGCCGUCAGUCAGAGCAGUGAUGUAUGGUCUUUUGGUUUACUUCUCUAUGAAAUGGUCACACUAGGUGACCCACCAUUUGCCCAGAUAGUGGCGAAUGAACUUCUGCAGUAUCUACAAAGAGGAAAGCAUCUCAAACGGCCGGCCACCUGCUCCAACUCACUGUACUCCAUCAUCAAAGCCUGCAGCAAUUGGCGCCCCGAACAACGUCUCUCAACGUUGGAGCUCAUUACAACACUUCAGGAGGGAGAGAAAUCAGCCAAUGGGCGCACAGUUCUCAGAGUGCCCGAACCACUGGACAUCGAGAAGUACCUGAGGGAGGCGGGAUAUGAAGAAGCAUACAACUACGCUGUGCUCUAAUUCGCUGAGAGCGGCAUCAGUCUGGACUACAUUGGUACUGUUACUACGUACAUCGUAAUGUACGCUAUUGGUGCAUCACGCCUC